AUGAGCCUGACCGAGCGAGUGUCCGGCCUGUUUUCGACAACACCGGCUGCGGACUCAACAACGAAUAAUGAAUACCCUGUCCCUUCCCUUCGCCCACAACCUGCCCAUCAUGGUAUAGUUAUUGGUGGCUCCGCCGGCCAUGCGCGGAAUGACCAUCUGUUGGAGGAGGAGGAGCCCCGUCCGCCCUAUCUACAUGCUAUGAUAGCAGGUGGAACUGGAGGAACAUGUGGUGAUAUGUUGAUGCACUCGCUGGAUACCGUCAAGACCCGACAACAAGGCGACCCGACAUUCCCGCCCAAAUACACAUCGAUGACCUCGUCGUACGCAACUAUCUACCGUCAAGAAGGAUUUCUCAGAGGUUUAUACGGUGGUGUCAUUCCAGCUUUCUGGGGUUCCUUCCCGGGUACGGUGACGUUCUUCGGUGUAUACGAGUUCACCAAGCGCCAAAUGCUGGAUAGAGGCGUCAACCCCAACAUCGCAUAUCUUUCUGGAGGAUUCUUCGCAGACUUGGCUGCAUCGAUCGUUUACGUGCCAAGCGAGGUACUCAAGACCCGACUGCAAUUACAAGGCCGAUAUAACAACCCAUAUUUUCAUUCGGGAUACAACUACCGCAGCACGACCGAUGCAUUCCGAACAAUCGUGCGACAGGAAGGUGUAUCGGCACUUUUCCACGGUUACAAAGCGACUAUUUUCCGUGAUUUACCAUUCUCCGCUCUCCAAUUCGCCUUUUACGAGCAAGAACAGAACCUAGCGAAGGAAUGGGUUGGUCAAAGGGACAUUGGAUUGGGUCUAGAAAUUCUCACUGCAGCCACAGCAGGAGGUAUGGCGGGUGUCAUUACAUGUCCGCUAGAUGUGGUGAAGACGCGAAUCCAAACCCAACAAAAUCCCCCGGCAAACCCCACUGGAUCAUCAGGAACCAAGCAUACUGGAGAUCACCAUGUGCCCAAAGAAAGCCCUCGACCACACACACCUAGUUCAUCCCAUCCUCACACUCACUCUUCACGAACAUCAUCGCGCCCUAUCUCCACAUCAUCACCAUCUACAUCGGUCGCACCACCUGGGGCACCUCGUUUGGAUACAUCAUCUGUCUUUACGGGAUUGAAAAUGAUCUACCGCACGGAGGGGCUCGCGGGGUGGUUUCGUGGUGUGGGUCCGCGUGGUGUAUGGACCAGCAUCCAGUCUGGGACGAUGUUGGUUAUGUACCAAUACCUACUUAAACGGAUUGAAGCGUGGCAAGAGUCAAAGGACUCGCCUCUAUGA